CAACCAUCGAUUACUCGUACUCAUCGCUUGGCAGCUGCCAUCGCUAGAAAAAAAGAAAGAAACAAGGAAAAGAAAGAAAGCACUCGAAGUGAUUUUUACAUCAGAAAUAUUGUUAACGCAGCAAACAAUCCAUAGAGUGAAACACCAAUCCGAGUGCAGCCAAACACAGAAGAAACGCCAGCGAGACGAGGACGCCAAGAUGAUUAAACUAUUCACGCUGAAGCAGCAGAAGAAAGACGGCGAACAAAAGGGAAGUCAGCAGAAGAAAGCCUCCGCCGCCCAGCUGCGCAUACAGAAAGAUAUUAACGAACUGAACCUGCCAAACACUUGCGCCACAGACUUUCCUGAUCCAGAUGACUUGCUCAACUUCAAGCUAAUCAUCUCGCCCGACGAGGGCUUCUACAGAGACGGACGCUUCGUAUUCAACUUCCGCGUUGGUUCCAAUUAUCCACACGAGCCACCCAAGGUGAAGUGUGCCACUCAGGUGUACCACCCCAACAUCGACCUGGAGGGCAACGUCUGCCUCAACAUUCUUCGCGAGGAUUGGAACCCAGUGCUGAAUAUUAACUCUAUUGUCUACGGCUUGCAGUUUUUGUUCUUGGAACCCAAUCCGGAGGAUCCGCUUAACAAGGAGGCGGCUGACGUCCUGCAGACCAACCGCCGGCAGUUUGAGAGCAAUGUGAAGAAGGCGAUGCGCGGCGGCUGUGUGGGCGAGACCUACUUCGAGUGCUGUCUGCUCAAGUGAUAUAGGGAAUCCCAAGGUCUCUUACUUUAAGCCUGCCCAUACACCCCUCCCAAUCCCCGCUAACUGGAGAAGAUGAUGCAAACACAGACGAACAUCGGCGACAACAAAUUAUUGUAAUAAACGAAAGCAAAAUCUACUGCGUGCGAAGAAGAAGCCGAGUCGAGUCACCAAUUUCUAGUUUUUAAUACAAUUCAUUUAGCAAUUUC